CCAGCGGAGGGGAGAGAAGAAGAAGAGGAGAGGGUCAGUCCAUCCUCCAGCUCACACGAGCCCGGACCCUCAACCGCCGCCGUCUCUCUGUCCGCAGAACCCGAACCCGAGCCCGAUUCCCCCGCAGCCGAGAAGCCCCGCAGCCCAGGAACCAUGGAGGCCAUCAAGAAGAAGAUGCAGAUGCUGAAGCUGGACAAGGAGAACGCGAUCGACCGGGCGGAGCAGGCCGAGGGCGACAAGAAGGGAGCGGAGGACAAGUGCAAACAGCUGGAGGAGGAGCUGCUCGGUCUGCAGAAGAAGCUGAAGGGCAUCGAGGACGAGCUCGACAAGUACUCCGAGUCGCUGAAGGAUGCCCAGGAGAAGCUGGAGCAGGCGGAGAAGAAGGCCACGGACGCGGAGGCCGAGGUGGCGUCGCUGAACAGACGCAUCCAGCUGGUGGAGGAGGAGCUGGACCGAGCUCAGGAGCGAUUGGCCACCGCCCUGCAGAAGCUGGAGGAGGCGGAGAAAGCAGCAGACGAGAGCGAGAGAGGGAUGAAGGUCAUCGAGAACCGAGCGACCAAAGACGAGGAGAAGAUGGAGAUCCAGGAGAUGCAGCUGAAGGAGGCCAAGCACAUCGCAGAGGAGGCCGACCGCAAAUAUGAGGAGGUCGCUCGCAAGCUGGUGAUCCUGGAGGGCGACCUGGAGCGUUCGGAGGAGCGAGCCGAGGUGGCUGAGGCUAAAUCAGGCGACCUCGAGGAAGAGUUGAAAAAUGUCACCAACAACCUGAAGUCUCUGGAGGCCCAGGCUGAGAAGUAUUCUCAAAAGGAAGACAAGUACGAAGAAGAAAUCAAAGUUCUCACCGACAAACUGAAAGAGGCGGAGACUCGCGCGGAGUUCGCUGAGAGAUCUGUGGCCAAGCUGGAGAAGACCAUCGACGACCUGGAAGAUGAAGUGUAUGCUCAGAAGCUGAAGGGCAAGGCUCUGAGCGAGGAGCUGGACCUGGCCCUCAACGACAUGACCACACUGUAGACGCUUCCUUCCUUCCUCCCUGCUCUUCCUCUUCCUUCCUUCCUGUCUGGACUCUUGUUUCUCGUUCCGUGUUCUGCUGUCUGAAGCUUCCCGCCCUUCGUGCCCGCGUCACGCGGCGCCGCUCAGUCUUCGGAGGUUCCGGGUCGCUGCCGUCGUGUGUCUGUUGGUUUUACUGAGUUAUUGAAAUAUUCAUGUUCCCCCCUCCCCUCUGUAAUAAACGGAUUAAAGCUC